CCGGAAAAAUUUUAAUUUAUGUAAUUAAUUUAAAUUAAUAAUUGUGUAUUUUUCUUCAUGUUUAGUCAGUAAACAGUUUGACUUCGGACAGUACAGCGGCGUAAUCAAGCUAUGAGGUAUAUACUGUUCCUUUUCUUCUUUCCUCUGAUUUACUGCAAUUCAGUAGAUGAUUUGAGACGUAAAUCGAUAAGAGAUGUUAGUACAAAUAAAAACAGGCGGAGAGGACCUAACUUGACACCAACUAGGUUACUUAAUAAUCAUUCACUUAAGCAGGAAUCUAACCAGCCAUCUGUUCCAAAGACACCCAACCUACAACCGAGUGAAAAAGUCGGCAGGAGUUGUGUGACUCACAACAAUGUCAGUGGAGAAUGUGUGUCGUAUUAUCUGUGUGAUGAAAACAGCACGAUAAUUGACGACGGAACUGACCUUCUUGAUUUGAGAGACGGCAGCAGAAGCUGCAGUCACUAUUUAGAAGUUUGCUGUGAACUGGGUAAUAUACAAGACAGUGGAGAUAACACAGCCUCCGUAAAUGUUUCUAACGAAAAUACUUUCGAAAGUGCUCCCACCGUACCAAACCCAACUUCUCCCAACGUACGAACUCCAAUAAUACACCCCGUUUUCCAACAUCCCUUCAACAACGUCACAAUACCGAAGAAUCCUUUAGCUAAACUAUCCAUUUUAUCCAGUCCUGAUGCGAAUGAUAGUCAAAUAUCUAGAUCUGAAUGUGGCUGGAGUAAUAUAGAAAUGAGCCCAUACAAACCGAAGAAUCCCGACUUUCGACCCACUGACAUUACCAGUGCAUUUUAUGGCGAAUAUCCAUUCGUGGUCGCUGUUCUGUUAAGGGGCGAUAGUGACGUUUGGUCGUCAAAGUAUUACGUCGGCGGCGGCGCUUUGAUACACCAUAGAGUCGUGUUAACAACCGCUCACUUUAUUGAAAAGCUACAAGCCGAACAGUUGAAAUGCCGCGCUGGCGAAUAUGACGUGCAAACAGUAAAAGAACAAUAUCCCCACCAAGAGAGGAAUGUCAAUAAAGUUAUUAUACACGAAAAUUACUACAGAACUUCUCUAUACAACGACAUUGCUCUAUUGUUUUUGGACACUGAAUUCACAGCAGCGGCAAAUAUUGGUAUAGCCUGCUUGGCAUCCGUCUUUCCCUCAGUAGAGGAUUGCUACUCUAUGGGCUGGGGACGAGACGUGCCGAUCGAAAGACGGGGAAAUUUCGUUAAGGUGCUGAAAAAGGUCCCACUUCCUCUUGUAAGCGCAAAAGAAUGUCAAAAUAUGCUAAGGACGAAUUCUCGUCUUGGUCCAUUCUUUGAACUCCACAACUCGCUGACUUGCGCCGGCGGUCUAAGCAUGGUCGACACCUGCACAGGUGACGGUGGCUCCCCACUAGUUUGUGCUGUGAAAACAACAGGUAUUGAAAAACGAUAUGUUGUGACCGGUCUUGUGGCCUACGGGCUCGGGUGUGGCAAGGAAGGUAUACCUGGAGUCUACGUGAACAUCCCACACUUGUUCAGCUGGGUGACAAACCAGCUCGAUCGGGAACACGUUGAGAAGAAAUUUGUUUUAUAAAUAAUAAAUUAGUCUGACUCGUUU